GUUCGUAUCAUCAUCAUGACCACGACGAUGUAGUGGUGAUCAAAUUCCCCCACCACCACCACGACCAUGAUCACCACGAAGAGUUCAAAGCUCCUCCCAUCUCUAUCACUCACACAGGUCCCAGUUACGCCAACAUUCUUGGAAAACUCUUCCAAUCUUCUUCAUCUUCAAACCCUUCCAAGCCUGAGCUUUAUGGCCAUACUGCUACUGGAACUGGAGAGGGACACUAUGCUGAAACACCUCCAACUGCAAACUCCCAGCACUUGGAGGCUGAACAUAAGUUACCUCUUGAACCAACCAAACAUACAUACUAUGCUGAGGCACCCGUUUCUAACAGUUACGGUAUUCCUUUUGAACAGGAACCAAGUUACUUGCACCAAAACCUAGAUGAUUACUAUGUAUCUGCUUCCAAAGAUCAUCCAGUUGCUGUGAGGCCUGGCAAGUACCUCCAACCACCACGAAACAGUAUCAGUGGUUCUGAUAAAGGCAAAGAUGCAGCUAGUUCAACUGUGGAACAAACUAGUCUGUUCAGUCCCAGUGCAGAACAAAGUUCAGAUUACUUGGAUACAACGAAUGAUACAGAUACUCAACGUCCCUUGAAAGUAUCUACUGUACAGGAUUUGAAUUAUCUGUACGAUACUUUGAAUCCAAAAACGGUAAAAGAAACAAAAAUGAACGAUCCAAAGCCAGUACAGUUUCCUAACCUUAGUGAAACUUCAAAGGUUCCAAAUUUAGAUGUCACAAAACCUUUAGAAGACCAUCUGCAUCCGUUACACGAGGAGGAGAUGCACUACCACGAUUUCGACGCUUACGAGUAUCGGGAUGACAGAUGAAGGUGGACGCGCGUUUGGUUGGAAAACUAGUCAUUGCUACGAGCUUUUUCGUAGGUAGUAGUUGUAUGUACAUUUGUUAGUCUGAAGACUAUUAGGUUAUAUGAAAACAUUCAGGUAGCUGAAAUGUGUAACUGAUUAAGUAUGUCUGUAAUGGUAAUAUGUUGUCUUUUCUCAGCAAUUUAGAAUGUGACAUUUCUUAUUUGAUUGAGGAGGUCAACAAAUAUUUCGUGAAUCAUUUGUCAGAAGUCAUACAAGUAGCUUCUUCACAAGAGAGUCGGAAAAGUAAGCAAAAAGGAUCAGGGUUCAUAAGCGGGGUUUUUGGCCCUAAAAUUGCGUCAAAUUUCAAGUUGCUCCCAUCUAUAAAAUUUAUACAUUUAAAUAUUUUGAAACACAUAUAUUUUAAGGUUCCGUCGACAUUAUUCUUUUUGGUGUAGUACUUAAAUGUACACGUUGUCGAAUGUUCAACUUGCUAUCUUUUAUGAACGCAAAGAAAAUAUAUAAAAAUAAACGUGUUACUCCACUACGCUCAUAUUAAAAGCAAAAGUUGUACUACCUGAGACCAAGCUUACUCACUAAUUAUUGUAUUGUGAGCACAGUCGAGCGACACUUUCUUUUUUAUAUUAACAUAUGUUCAGUAUCUUAGUGAGUUUUAUUAAAGCUUUGAAGUAGAAGUAUUGCGACCGUGCGCUCAUAAAAAUAACGAGUUGAAUAUCCGAAAAGUGGACAAUUAUUGACAAAUAUACAGAAAUUACAAAUGUUGACCUUUAAAAAAACAGUAAAAUACUGAAAUACACUACUCAAAAAAAUUGAGGGAUCAAUAAAAAAAGGGAAAAAUGGUCGUGUCGAGAAAAAAACAUUUUGACGCUUCAAGAUUCAAAAAUUUUUGGAGCAAUAGCUCUCAUGCAAUUCUAACAAAUAGCGCAGGAAAAAUGUUUUGCAUCAUUUCUGCCUUCUUAUUUUUAGGCCAUAUGGAUCGGAUAACCAAUUUAUUCCUCUUCAAGUUUCUGUUUUUAAAAUCCCGAUAUGAUCAUUUGGCGCGGAGAUAUCUUUUUUUGAAUGAAAAAGGAUCCUUUUGUCAUCGACCACCGAUAUCUUGAUAACCAGAUGAUCGCACAAAGAAUGUAAGGGUAUUCCCGAAAACUGGAAUAAAUCUCCAAUAAAAUUUGAUUGCAAUCUUUGGGGAUUUUUUUUCUCAUCUUAGCACUGAUUUUAAAAAGUCAAGAAAAGUUACUUUUUGCCCCGUUUUGGAAAAUCUACCGCAUUAUUGAAACUGCUAAUGACAAAGCUAAUGUUUUUAUGUUUUUUAUACCUCAACAUAACCUUGCACGACGCCAGUUCGAUCAAUUGUACGGCUUCUCGGGACCCAUUGGUUAAAAUUUAAAAAAAUCGAAGGGGCAAAAUUUGUGUACCAAAACAUCAUGUAAUCUGGUGGCAAAUGGAAAAAUAAUUUCUCUUCUUUUAUUAUAUCUAUUGGAUAUGUGUAACAUCUUCAAUUUUGAAGAAGAAAUGAGCAAAUUUCAAGAGGAUUUAUUCUAGUUUUCGGAAAUACCCAUACAUUCUCUGUGCGAUCACUUGUUACUGAGGUAUCAGUGGUAUAUGAGAAAUGGAACUUUUUUAAUUUAAAAUCAGAUAUCUCCGCGCCAAAUGACAGUAUCGAGAUUUUGAAAACAGGGUUAUCCGAUACAUAUGACUUUUCAGGCCCGUGGACUAAAAGGAACAGAGCAAAAAUUUUGCAAAACAUUUUUCUUACACUAUCUCUAAAAAUUGCAUGAGAAUCGCUGUUCCUAAAUUUUUGCUAUAGACCUGAAAACUAGAAUCUUAAAGCUUCAAAAUGCUUUUUUUGAAGUCAGGAUAUGACCAUUUUUCACCGAAAUACAGUCUCUCAAAAAUCACCGAACCGGAUCACCAGAUUUUAUCUUGCUCCUUUAACUUUUUGAGUAAUGCAAAAAGAAAAAUGAUGAAAGUUGAAAAUAUAUAUGUUCUAUGGUAUAGUACGCUGUGGUCAUGCAAAGGUAAAGUAUGUUAAACGAAAUAUCAACCGCCAUUUUUGACUGCAGUAUAAAAACGCACUAUGGUAUACAAUGUCGAGCUCUACAUGAAUUUGCCGUCAAAAAAAGGGGUUGCUAGUUAGAUUUACAAACUUGACCUCCAAAUCACCUGUGAAGCCUGUGUACAGGGUUUUGAAACCACACGGAAAUCCUGUGGAAUUCAGGCGCUAACUGUACGCCAUUUUGGGAUUUUUUCAAAUGGAAUGGGUGGUCAUCAGACGUUGUGUGAAGCUCCUUAUGAGUACCUACUUUGUAACCCUAAAAUAUAAAAUUCACUAUUUUCCAAAACGGCGGACUGGCGGGUUGUCAACGUUGAGAGGCUUUGUAGAUUCAAUCGUUUAUACGUCGAUAACUAAUGAUAGUCCAGGAAGUAUAUUAGCAUCCGCUCGUCAAGAUAUUCUGAUUUUGUUUUUUGAAUGAUAUUAUUCAAUAAGGACCCCCCAAAAUUGCAAAACACCUCAUCGUUCAUUUGAAAAAUACUACAGACAUACUACUGCACUACAGAAAAACUAUUACAUUUCAUGAUUUAUGUUCAAGAAGGCACACCAAGCAGCAAGAAAAUAUAAUUGCUUACAGUCUGUUUAACCUCCUAAACACACCCCAAUUUGUUAUGCUUGUCAUAGUAAUGCUGAAAAUAUUCAGGAAAGCAUGCCAAGAGAAUUAAAUAACCUUUCUGCUAGAUGCAGAAAUUAAAUAAUUUAUGUCGAGUCUGUUCAACUCAGAGCUGUAAUAUUAUUUUUCUUAGCUUGAUUUUCAAGCAUAGUGCAUUUGUAUAACAGCAUUUUUUCAAGGAAUGACAUAAUUAUUUUUGUAUUUAACACCUACCAUUUUUCACAGCCAGACGAAGCUUAUAACCACUGUUUAAUUCAAGUGUACAGUAAUUUCUGUAAAUACACAUAUCUUUUCAAGAACAUCUAUUAGAGGAUAGUUAAGUACCAGGUGUAGAUUUUGUAUAAUAUUUAUUUUGUUG